AUGCGUAUUGUCGAUCGCCUCUCAGAAAAUGUUUCAUUCUUUCAACAAAGAAGAGAUGCUGUUGGAAGGUUAGGUCUAUCUCCACUACAAAAGUGUACGGCAGCUCUUCGUAUGCUUGCUUAUGGCUGUGCGGCUGACGCCGUUGACGAAUAUCUCCGACUUGGUAAAAGCACAACACUUUCGUGUUUAAGCAAUUUCACAGAAGGCGUAAUACAGUUAUUUGGAGAUGAGUAUCUAGGAAGACCCACUCCAGAGGAUCUUCAACGACUACUCGAUAUUGGAGAGAUACGCGGAUUUCCUGGGAUGAUAGGAAGCAUCGACUGUACCUUAAACGAUAUUAACGUCCUCGAUCGGUCCCCUGUUUUUGAUGACAUUUUACAAGGUCGAGCUCCAAGGGUACAGUACGUGGUCAACGGACACCAGUAUGAUUUGGCGUACUACCUCACGGACGGUUAUGGGCAGUCGAUGUUUCCUGCCAUUAUCAUAGGUGGUGAACGGACGGCCCCAAAUAGCUUGUUUAAGAUAGAAGAAGCUACAGGAGCACAUACUUACAAGUUGACCACCUCAUCUGGAACCGUUGGAAACAUCCCAGUGGCUUGGUUGAGUGCACCACAGCUAAUUGUCACCAAUGAUGAGGCUAAGACCUUAUUCGUCAAGUUCAUAUGA